GAAGGAGGCGUGGAGGUGACUCUCUGGCCCGCAACGCCUCUACUCUCCUGUCCCGACUGACGUUGGGCAACAAAGAUGGCGGCGGGGUCCAGCAAUUACUGGGAAGAUCUCAGGAAACAAGCUCGACAGCUGGAAAAUGAACUUGACCUGAAGCUAGUUUCCUUCAGUAAACUGUGCACAAGUCACAGUCACAGCAGCGCUCGGGAUGGAGGCCGCGAUAGGUACAGUUCUGACACAACACCCCUAUUAAAUGGAUCAAGUCAAGAUAGAAUGUUUGAGACAAUGGCCAUUGAAAUUGAACAGCUUUUGGCAAGGCUUACGGGGGUGAAUGACAAAAUGGCAGAAUAUACCAACAGUGCAGGGGUCCCCUCUUUGAAUGCAGCACUGAUGCAUACGUUGCAGCGACAUAGAGACAUUCUACAGGAUUAUACACAUGAAUUCCAUAAAACCAAAGCAAACUUUAUGGCAAUACGGGAAAGGGAGAAUCUCAUGGGAUCAGUACGAAAAGAUAUUGAGUCGUAUAAAAGUGGGUCUGGAGUGAACAACAGGAGAACAGAACUGUUUUUGAAAGAACAUGACCACCUUCGGAAUUCUGACCGUCUGAUAGAAGAAACAAUAAGCAUUGCUAUGGCAACAAAAGAAAACAUGACUUCCCAGAGAGGAAUGCUCAAGUCAAUUCACAGCAAAAUGAACACUUUGGCCAACCGUUUUCCUGCCGUGAACAGCCUGAUACAAAGGAUCAACCUUAGGAAACGACGCGACUCGCUCAUCCUUGGAGGGGUCAUCGGAGUCUGUACCAUUCUGUUGCUGCUGUACGCAUUCCACUGAAAGGACGGCCCCAGGACUCUGCCCACUGCCUUCAUGCCGUGCCCUGGAGUGGGGAAACGAGGAAGGGAAAGACUGUCCUGGCCACAAGCCUGCCAGUCAGAUGAAUUCUAAUGCCACCCAUGACUCGGACCUGGUCAGACUGAGCUGAAGCCACAGUUUUUCUGUGCUAGCUUUUCUAAUACACAUUACUCUGUUUUUAAUUUUAAAAACAACAACAACAAAAGGUUUUCAGUUGCUUGUGUCUCCGUAGGAGGUAAGCAAGCAAAAGCCGAGAACUGGGCUUCAGUUACUGGUGGAGCCUGAUGACCAGUGGGCCUCAUAGCUGGACUCCUCACAGCACCAGGCUCUCCACAUCCAAAGAAGGCUUUGCUUUCAGCCACGAGAUUGGAUGUGAAUAAAAAUAAUUCUUGUCCUUUUAUUUAACACUUGUGAUGAGAAAUCAGCGGUCCUUGGCUGAUACUCUGUGAUCUAGAUUCUACUCUGUGUCCCUAACUCUUGGCAGUCAAGAAAAAGUCCAUUUUGCACCAGUUUGUAAGAUGCCGAUAGUCCAGCUUCAUCAUGGUUGAGGUCGUCUGAAAUGGAGAGCGCUGUAGAAAGGGCGUGUCUUUUCUGUUUCACUGUGAGCACUGGGUCAGCUAUACGACCGACCGGGAAUAUAUCAAGAGUGCAGGCCUUGCACCGAAGAGCUGAUCAUUGUUUAUUAUUGCUUCCCCUGGGUUAAUAUUUGCUUCUAUACGAUAAAAUUGCAUUUCCACUCUGACAGACAAACAGCCAGUGCCUGUCACUGCCCCUAGUGGUCCCUCAUCAUGUGAAGAUUAGUACUAGGAACUGAGAGGGAACUGUGGCUCUCAGUGAAGUCUGCUCAUGAGCCACAUGUGAGAAAACAUUGAGGGGUGGCUCUCCAUGUCAUCCCAUGGGACAGUGCCCUGCAGCCUGGUUCACAGGAACUCUGCCCUGGGAGGAUCUAUCUCUUCAUUCCUCAUCUGUUAGGAUCCUCUGCACCCCAGGCCACAGUCUCGUUGCUGAAGGUGCCUGUGACUCCUGUCUGCACCUGUUUAUUGCUAUGGACAGUGACAGAGUUGUAAAGGCUUUUUGAGGUUAGCCAUUUCUCAGCAUCUGAAAUCGAUAACUUGUCUUACUGAACUAGCAGAUACUUUAUAGACCUCUGGCAUCCGCUCACUGAGAGAGAAGGCUGCUAGUCCCACUGGAGUAGCCUCUGGCACCCCGGGCAAUGAGAGGAUGUUAGGGUAUAGCUCUUGACCACCUCAUGGUGUGGGCAUGGUGCCACAGGAUGGACUUGAUGUACUUAGUGCUGCUCAUGGGUAGAUUGACAUCCGGUCUGGGACUGACUGAGAGGAGAGGUUUGUCAUUCUAGUGUUGAAGUGUUAGUACAUUCUGGGUAUGAGAGGCAUUUGAUAUAUUUUUCUUAAUUAUGGGGUUUAUUUUUCUAAGUAUGGGUUAAUCAGCUUGUUGACUGGGUAUGCCCUUAAAAGGAAAUUAAAUUUCCCACUGUGGACCUUAAAGAAUCAGGGAAAUUUGUUUGUUAAAUUCUCCUUGGGAGAACAGAACUUCUCUUCCCUGACACUUUAUUAUCUUUGAUUUUUUUCAAAGGGCCUUGAUUGGUGGUUGUGCCUCAGCUAGACUUUAUGGGAGUUUGGUUGGUAUAUAGUGGGCGUAUAUAAAACCUGAAGUAUCCUAAAUAAAGUUAUUUAUUUAAAUAUA